AUGGCAUCACAACAAGACUUGGUGAUGCAACAACACCAACAAUUACAUAAUCAACAUGAACAACAUCCGGCAGCUCCUGCUGGAUUUUUCCUUUUUGUUGUUGUGAUGGUUAUUGUUUUACAACUUGUUGUACAAUUGUGGAAGAAAUAUCAUAGACAUUCAUAUGUGAUGACUUCCUUCUUUUUAAUGUGGUUAUUCCCUGCAAUAUAUUGUAUAUUUAUCGGAGGAUUGACACACUUUUCACGAAUGAUGAUUGUGUGGCUUGUUUAUUCUCUAUUUACAGUUUAUCUUGGUUAUAUUUCUCUCAGAAGGGCUUUGGCUCCUAACACACCAAAGAAGGUUUAUGUUUGGUUUUUCUCAGUUUACAAAAUCUCUCACUUUUCUGUCUUGUUCGGAACAGUAAUGCUUGUUUUACAAAUAUUAUUUGGAUUUCACACUUUAAUUAUCAAAUAUUUACUUAUGGAUUCUGAUUUUGGAAGAUUUAUUUUCCCUUCAGCUGAAAUUUGGAUUUUCUAUGGACUUUAUUUUGGUGUUCUUGUUAGAGAUUGUGGUGAAAUUUGUUCUACUGCUAUUAGUGCAUCUUUGGAAGCUGAUAGAAAUAAGUUUUAUGUUUCACCUUCUCAAUUACAUCAUGUUUGUGGAAUUUGUAAUCAGGAAUUAAAGAAUGAUACCAAUUUAGAUUUUGAAGGAGGUGGAUCUGCAGCUGAUUUUGAAAGCUCUUCAGAUCAACCAUUCACAAGAAGAAUUACUGGUGAUGCUGCUCAAGAAUCAAAGAGAAAGACAAUUCAAGAAACUAAGGUUUUAUCUUGUCAACACAAAUUCCAUGAGUUUUGCUUGUAUGGUUGGUUGAUCCUUGGUAAGAAGGAUUCAUGCCCAAUUUGUAAGGAAGUUGUCAAUACUAAACAAGAGGAUUUGCUUCAGGUAAGUUUAAGUGAAAUAAUUAUUGGAAAUUAA